CAGCAGAAUAGCGGGACGACGGGCAAAGAAGCCGCAAACAUAUCUGGCAUGGUUUGGUUGGGCAUUAAAUAGGCGGCACCAACGAAGGCUACUAUCUCACCUAGUCCAGUUUACUCAUCCCUCAGCUCUAUCUCCAUACCCCGCGGCCAACAUCAACAAAGUCUCGCAUCACAUUUGGUAGCACAUUUCCACAUGGCGGCUACAUACCCCCAGCUCGUCCUCCUCGGAGACUCUCUGUUCCAGCACUCGGCCGAGACGCUUGACGGCUUCUCGUUUCAGGCGUCGCUGCAAACCUAUUUGUGUCGACGUGUAGAUGUGUUGAACCGCGGUUUCUCGGGAUGGAACUCGUCUCACGCCCUACAGCACGUCCCGGAGAUGUUUCCAGAGCGCAACGGCGACUCGGGCCCCAAACUGGAUUACCUCGUUAUUCUGCUGGGUGCAAACGACGCUGUUAUUGAUCUCCCUACGACUGCACAGCACGUGCCCCUUGAGACGUACAAGGAAAACCUGACCAAAAUCGUCAACCACCCUCGCAUCACCGCCCACAAGCCCAAGAUCCUGUUGGUCACCCCGCCACCACUGGAUGAGAUUAAAGUGACGGUCCGCGACAUGAAUUGGGGUCACUCCCAGGCGUGCCGAACGUCCGCCGUGAGUGCGUCUUACUCCGAGACAGCCCGCCAAGUGGCUCGGGAGAACCCUGGCGUGGUCCUCGUCGAUCUUUGGCAGGCCAUUAUGGACAAAGCUAUUGAGAUGGCGCCUGGGGACUACCAGACUGGUGGGCCGUGGCUUGGCUCGCCCGAGAACGGCAAGCAGGGCGGACUAGAUGAGCUUCUUCAUGACGGUCUUCACAUGAGCGGAAAGGCGUAUCGGGUUUUCUACGAUACUCUUCUUCCUCAUAUCGGUCAGGAAUGGAAGUCUCUGCGAGCUGAUGACCGCGCCGGAUAUGUCUUUCCUGACUGGAGAGAAUUGACCGGCUUCAAAUAGGCCACCUCUGGAGGAACACUAAGGGACCAAACGACCUCGAAUCUAGACAAGUAGAAUAGAUAUGCGCCAAGGCUUGGAUAACUGCCUUUUUUUUUUAGAUUUCUAGAAAGCUUUGGAAUGAAACUCGGUUCUUUGGUCGGCCGUGAAA